CUUCAAUCAACAUAUAUAAACUCUCUGUAUCAACGCUCACAGCAGACUGGUGCGUGACGUCCUGCUGGACAGGAUUUAGUCGAUUUGGACAUGAAUUUUUCUUCUGUAAAUGGCACUUCAGCUGUUACUGGGAUUCAGCGGGACACCUUCACCACAGCUGUGACCAAGAAUGUGAUCGUCACCGCUCUUUGCAUCUCCAUUAACUACAUCAAUGGUACUCUGGUCCACACAUUCAGAAAGCACCAGAUCUUCAGUUCAAACCCUCGUUACAUUCUCUUCAUCCACCUGGUGAUAAAUGACAUGACGCAGCUGCUCCUGUCAACUCUUCUCCACAUCAUCAGCUACGCCCUUCACACAAUCAACGCAUCCUUCUGCCUCAUCUUGCUCACCAUCACCAUCCUCACCACCCUCAACACCCCGCUCAAUCUAGCUGGCAUGGCGGUCGAGUGCUACAUCGCCAUCUGCAUCCCCCUCCGUCACGCACAGAUCUGUACCAUGAAGAAAACCUACAUCCUGAUUGGUCUGAUCUGGGUUGCGAGUGCGUGCUCUAUCCUCCCAGAUGUCUUCAUCCUCUUGGCCACAGAGCCGCUGCAGUUUUUUCACUCUAAGUUGUUUUGUUCCAGAGAUUUCGUGUUCAGAAGCUCUUACAGCCUGAAGAAGAGGGAUGCUUCACACAUCGUUUGUCUUGUUCUGGUCUGGGCCACUCUCUUCUACACUUACUUCAGGAUUCUGUUCACUGCCAAGGAAGCAAGUGCACAACUUAAAAAAGCCAGGAACACUAUUCUCCUCCAUGGCUUCCAGUUGCUGUUAUGUAUGCUUACUUACGUGAAACCCAUGUUUGAACAGGGCCUGCUCUACUUACUGCCCACAGAGCACCUGGCUGUACGCUUUGCCUGCCAUGUCAUUGUCCAGAUCCUCCCACGGUUUGUUAGUCCGAUAGUCUACGGACUGCGGGACCAGACCUUCAGGAGAUACAUGAGAAGGUACCUGCUUUGUAAAGCGAGCACAAGCAUCCACCCAGAAAAUGACACCGUGUCACACAUAAAGCCCACAAUGAAACUGCACUGAGACUUUAUCAGUUUCUAACCACAGUCUGGCAAACACUGCACGUAUAUUAUGUAACAUCUGCAGACCACAACAAUCCUUUAUCUCAACAGUGCAAAGUAUGGUUGUGUUUAAAAUUAUUGUGGUUUUGUUUUUAUUCAUAUUUCAAAUAUAAGGGUACAAUUAGUACUGCUGUUACGCCCCUGUCUAGGGGGAAGGAGCGCCACAUAAAUGUGUGAUGAAAAAUGAACCAAUAAUCCUACCCCGAUUCCCAAACGAACAACUAACACAGUGUUAACAAUCAAGUUAUGUGAUUUAUUUACAAACAGGUGAAACAAAGUGCAACAAAGACUAAACAACAAACUUCAGGGUGAACCAAGGCCAAAACAACAAACAAAACAGGGCUAACUUUCUUAAACAAAAAUCCUUACUAAUCCCUAUGCAAUAGAAAUAAAAUACAGUUACUAAACCUAACUCCCUAUCCUAAUGAAAAACAGGAGAAAAGUAGUACAAAGAAAAUGGCAGCUCACCCUUACGAUACUCACUAAACACAAUCAUACAAAAACACUAUCUACUAAGAUCGUAACAAUUCACUCUAUCGCAAAAACACACACUCUACAACGAGGACAGAAGGAUGCUGCUGCUGAAGGUUCUGUCGAAGAGCUUCGGUGUGGUGCGGCGUUUUGAAUCCCCGGCGGAUGUUGCGGCUCCCUGGGAGAACCAACCAGCAGGCGACACUCCACCAGCCGAGCCCACGGCAUGGACCAGUCAGCGCUGACCUACGGGUUGCCGUCAAAGAUCUACAAUCGGCAGGCUGCACACUCCUGCAGAGGAACAGGGACAAAAAAACACCAACACACACCACAGACGGAACCAAUACCAUAACAUAAUACUAAUAAUACGGCCAGGGCCGUAAAGACUGCAAAUACAUUUCAAUAAAUACUAUAGCUCACAUUUGAAGGCAAUAUUUUCUCACUUUUUUAAGGUUUCUUCUCAAAAACGGUCAUUUAGAUUAGUCAAAAUAUUCUAAGAUAUAAGAUACAUUUUGUAUUAAAUAUUUAAUUUGUUGUAAAACUCAUCAUGAGAAAUGUCAGGGUAUGCAAUUACUUCACAUUAUUAUUAAAAAAAACACUGUCUGAAUAAACAA